AUGAUCUUUCUUUCUUUUCUAAUUAUUCUUUCUUUCUUUCUUUCUUUCUUUCUUUCUUUUCUAAUUAUUCUAUCUUUUCUUUUCCUUCUUUUCUUUUUACAUCAUGACAUAUUUCUUUCUUUUUCCUUUUUCACUUAUUCUUUCUCUGUCAAUUAUUCCCUUUUUAUCCAUCAGUUACUCCUUUCCUUUUCAAAUUAUUCUUUUUCCUUUUUUAAUCGUUAUUUCUUUCUUUACCAAUUAUUAUUCUUUCUUUCUUUCUUUCUUUCUUUCUUUCUUUCUUUCUUUCUUUCUUUCUUUCUUUCUUUCUUUCAUAAUUAUUCUUUCUUUUCUGAUUUUUCUCUUUUUCUUUCUUUCAUUCUUUUUUCCUUUGCCAAAUAUUCUUUAUUUAUCAAAUUUCUUUUUUUUCCCGUUCUUUCGUUCGUUCUUUCUUUCUUUCUUUCUUUCUUUCUUUCUUUCUUUCUAGAAUGUAUUGCCCUCUCACGGAUAAAACUGGACACGCAUGCGCUGCGCAACUACAAACCUAAACACGGAAUGGAUCUAUCGUCACGUCCAACAAUUCGUGCAUGGUCCAAGAAAUUUAUGGAGGCAGGGACAGUGUUGGUUAAAGGGCGGAGUGGACGACCAAGAACAUCUGAGAAAAACAUUGAUCGUAAAAUUAUCUAUCUAUCUAUCUAUCUAUCUAUCUAUCUAUCUAUCUAUCUAUCUAUCUAUCUCUAUUUCAGUCUGUUCAUCUAUCUAUCUAUCUAUCUAUCUAUCUAUCUAUCUAUCUAUCUAUCUAUCUAUCUAUCCGUACAUAUAUAA